AUGGUCGACAUCGCUUCGCCGCUUCGCCUCCCGUGCGGCGUCGUGCUGCCCAAUCGCCUCGCCAAGGCCGCGAUGACGGAGGCGCUCGCCGACGACCUCGGCCGCGCGACGCCCGAGCUAGCCUCGCUCUACGCGCAGUGGAGCGACGGCGGCUCGGGGCUGCUCGUCACGGGCAACGUCCAAGUCGACCGGCGGUACGUCGAGCGGCCGGGCAACGUGUGCAUCGACGGCGCGCAGGACGACGCCGCGCGCGCUCGCCUCGCCGCGUGGGCGCGCGCGGCGAAGGGCACGGGCGCCGCCGCGGUGAUUGCGCAGAUCUCGCACGCCGGCCGGCAGUCCAACGGCAUGGCCACCGGCGCCUGGGCGGCGUCCUGA